UCACAUGACUAAAGUGGAAAACAAAGAUGGCGGACCUGGUCACAGGAGAUGAGUGGAGAAAAUGCGUUUCAUGGCUAAUUCGCUGCAAAUUAAUUAGCGAUGACCAUCGAGUUAACGCAUCCGACCAAGUGUGCGAAUUUGUUCAUUUGCUACGCGAUGGUGUAAUAUUAUGCAAUUUAUGCAAUGUAUUAAGCCCAGAAUCAAUUCCUUCAAAAAAUUUCUCACAGAGACCUAAUAAUUCACAGUUCUUAAGCGUCAAAAAUAUAAAAGCCUUUAUUCAAGCCUGCAAUGAAUUCGAUUUAAACCCAGAUGAUAUAUUUAUGCCAAAUGACCUUUACGAGUUAGAAGAUAUUGGAAAAGUUCUUCGAACGUUAUCAAAACUGUCAAGAUCCCCAAAGGCUAGGCAAUCGGGCAUAGAAGGAUUUGGAAUCUCCGCCAGUCACAACGAAGAUUAUUUCGACUUAGCAGAUAGAUAUAGUUCAUUCGAACAAAUUCACGCCUACGAUGACUACGGAGAAAAUGACGACAAAGAAGAAGAAAUCUACGAAGCUAUUGUUUAUCAAAGACGAAGAACCUUGCCGUCAAUUACUGACGUAAGAAAUUAUCCAAUUGAUGAACUUGUCGAAACAGAAAAACGAUAUUUAGAGUUAAAUUUAAAGAUGAUUAAAAAGCACUUUAUGGAUCCUUUGAGGAGUAUUAUUCCAAAAGAUGAUUUUGAAAGUAUAUUUUACAUGAUUGACGACCUUAUAAAAGUUCAUACAGAGUUAUGCAGGGAUCUAAUUAAUGCUAAAGAACAAAAUUCGAGCAUUGGUGCACCAUUCGAAAGGAAUAAAAUGAAAUUCACUGUCUACGGUUAUUAUUGUUCAAAUUUACCACUCGCUGAAGAAGUGCUGCAAGAUCUUAUGAAGAGAUGCGAAGUGUAUAGACAAAAAAUCCAGGCGUUCGAAGUAAAAAUGGGUGAAGAAUGCGGUUCUACUUUUCCCCUGAACGAAAUCCUUAAGGUCCCAAUGCAAAGGUCGCUCAAAUAUUCAUUACUAUUGGAUACAAUUUUAAAGAAAACUGAUUCAUCACAUAACGACGAGGAAUCAAUCAAAGCUGGUUUAAACGCAAUGAAAGAUUUGGGUAAUUACAUAAAUGAAAUGAAGAGAGAUACGGAAAUGUUAAAUAAUAUAAAGCACAUUGAGAGUAGUAUUUGCUGUUUUGAUAUGCCAGUAAACACUGAAUUAAAAGAUUACGGAAGACUUCUUAUGGAUGGUGAGUUGAAGGUUGCGGAAGGAACUAGCAAUGACAAGAAAACCAGAACAAUAUUCCUAUUUGAUAAAGUAAUGGUUUUAGUAAAAGGUGCCAAAAAUGAUACCUACAAAUACAAAGGUGCCGUUGUUCUGAGUCACUAUUCGCUUUUUAUUGAAAACUCAAGUAAGCAAGGUAGACCUUGGACUUUCUGUCUUCGACUUGAGAAAAAAACUGAUGAGGAAAAUGCUAAACCUGAAUGUUUUAAACUCUAUGCCAGAAAUUUUGAAAGUCAAGGAAGAUGGCAACAUGCCAUCACAGAAGCCCAUAACCAUACUAUACCUAUGAGAGCACAAGAAAAAGGUCACGACUUUUUAAUGUUCAGUUAUAAAGAUCCAACUGAAUGCUCCUUCUGUAAAAGAUUAUUAAGAGGAGCUUUUUACCAAGGAUAUAAAUGUAAAAAGUGUGAAAUAAAUUUACAUUUGGAAUGUGUAAAUAAUGCCAGAAAACCCCAUUGUGCUGCAACGAUAGCAUCGGACACACAUCAAAAUAUUACCACCGUCAGAGCCAUAGCUGAUUUUCCUACUAGGAGUAUUUUGGAAAAUGGUGAUAGCAACACCUACUUAACUUUCAGGAAAGAUGAUGUUAUUCAAGUGAUCGACAGAAUAAAUUCGGAAUGGUCGAAAGGAACUCUUAGGGGUCAAGAGGGAUUGUUUCCCCUCAACUAUGUGCGAUCAGUAAGUUUUAAUUUUUCAACUAUUUCUAAGUUUAAAAAUGUAUUAUUUCUAAAAUUAUUAACAAAACAUAUAAAAAAAAGAUUUUCUAUUAAAUAAAAAAUCCGAUAGCUUUCUUUUUUACUUUCUUGUAAAACAUUCUGUUGAAGAAUUGCGGGUGUUUUUUUUGUUUUCUGCAUGAAAAUUUAAAUAGGUUGACGGUUACGAGCGUACAUCGAUUAUUCAACAAAAUGAGAAUCGACCGAGAGAUUCUACUGAACUUUAUAAAGAGAUAUGGUGAGCAGAACUUUUGUCAUGGAGACAGGCGCUUACUAACGCUUCAAUCGUCAAAAUAUUUUUUCUCCUUUUUUUCCUAUUUCAGACGCUGUUUAUAACUUUAUUAACAUAUGUUGAGUCGAUGUUUAAUCUAAUGAAAGGAUCUAUAAAACAAAUUGUUUUCAAUUAUCUAUUGGUGUAAGACAACAUUUUAUUAAACGCGCAAAACGUUCAUAGAAAAUCUUAGAUCCUUUUAUUUAUAUUUAUUUUUUGUUUAUAUUAAUUUUACCUCAACCUUUCAUCUAUCCCCAUGUUGCUUUUUUUUUCACUAUUUAAUAGUUACACGACUGCGAAAGAAGCGAGUCAUAUCGCGAGACACGCCCUGUUCGACCUCCUUUAGUGCCAAAUCGGCGGAGUGUUGAUCCAUCCGAUAUGAUAUCCAGUCGACGCGAAAAUCAGUCAAAUCUGGAAAUGCUUAAUUACCCUUGGUAAGCUUGUCUUUGCUUUUUAAUCUAUCUGGCUAUCAUCUAUUAGAAAUAACAUAUAUCGUAUGUUCUUUAAUGAAAUUUGCUUGGUAACAGACGCGAUAAACCUCUUGUUCUAUCCGUAAUGGGAAUUUUAUCGCAUUUGGUUCCAAAUAAAUUAUCGUAAUUGUUCCUGUAAUAUUUUAUUUUUUAUUUAUUUAGGUUCAUUGGAAAAAUGACGAGAGAUGUAGCUUGUAAAACAUUGAUGAAUUCACCAAGCGGAACAUUCCUUGUAAGAGAAAGAGAAUUAUCUGGCUACGCCUUAAGCAUUAAGUUUGAAAAUUCUGUGAAACACAUUAAGAUACAUGACACAAAUUCAAGAGAAUACUACAUAGCAGAAUGCAAAAAAUUUACUUCCAUCAAAUUACUAGUUCAAUACUACGAAUCGAAUAACCUGAAGCACUCCUUUGCAGAGUUAGAUACAACCCUUGAACAGGCUUAUCAGCAACCUCCACCACUCCCUCCCAGUACUUCGCAUAGAAUCCCAAUAAUCGGCAAGUGUAGAGUCGAAUUCAACUAUUCAGCAACUGCUCUAAAUCAACUUACUAUCCAUACUGGAGAAAUAAUUGAAAUAAUAUCUAAAGCAACUGAUUCAAGAGGAUGGUGGAAAGGUAGAUUGCAUGGAAGUAUAGGAUAUUUCCCGCACUCUUUUGUUACAGAACUAGAACAAAAUGGAAAUUAAUAAAAAUGAUAAAAAAAUUAAUUUCCAUAGUGAUUUAAUCAAAAUAGAAGGAAAAAAAACACAAAAUACAACAAAAUAUAGAAGCUAACUAACACUAGAUAUAUGUUAAAUAAUUUUUCACCAAUAAUAAAGUUUUUUUAACUUGGAGAACGAAUGAAAAUGAGCUUGGCUAAGGAUAUUCUUCUUUAUUUUUUUUUUUUUUU